ACAGUGCUGGAGGCCGGGAGAAGCAGACUGGCCGAGUCCACGCAGCCGCUGCCAGACACACCAUGAAAGCCCUUGUGCUCCUCGCCCUGCUGGCCCUGGCCACGCUCUGCCUCGCUGGUCGGGCAGAUGCAAAGCCCGGUGAUGCAGAGUCCGGCAAAGGCGCAGCCUUCGUGUCCAAGCAGGAGGGCAGCGAGGUGGUGAAGAGACUCAGGCGCUACCUGGAUCCUGGGCUGGGAGCCCCAGCCCCCUACCCAGAUCCGCUGGAGCCCAAGAGGGAGGUGUGUGAACUCAACCCUGACUGUGACGAGCUAGCUGACCACAUCGGCUUCCAGGAGGCCUACCGGCGCUUCUACGGCCCGGUCUAGGGCUCGCAGCCCUGCCGACCUGGCCGGCAGCCCCCAGCUCUGGCUUCUCUCCAGGACCCCUCCCCUCCCCAUCAUCCCCGCUGCUCUAGAAUAAACUCCAGAAGAGGAA